CAGUUUCCAAGAUUGUAGACCGCGGGACUUUGUUGCAGCUAUGCCGCACGCCAAUGAAGCAGAAGGGACUGCAAAACGGCCUUCGUGCCGCCACAUCUCGGCUUGCUGCACUGGGCCGUGCUGCAGCAUGGCAAAAAGCACUGCAUGUCUUCAGCACCAUUUCAGAAGGACUGCAAGGAGAUCUUUUCCUGCUGACUGCCCUUUGCAGUGCAUGUGCCAAGAGCAAUUGGGCUCAGGUACAGACACAGCUCUAUACAAUUCAGUGGCCAGCGCCCUUGGACAGCAAGGUCACUGGCGACAAGUGAUGCAGCACCUCGCAGGGUAUGCGGGCAACACCGCCAGCAUGAACUGUGCUGUGGAUGCUGCAGGCCGCGCAGGUCACUGGUGGCUCGCUCUGCAGUGGUUGGUGCAAAUGACGCGAAAGCGCAUGGUGUUCAGUGAGGUCACCUUCGGCACGGCCGUGUCGUCUCAGCGACAAAGGUGGCAACAGGCGCUGCAUGUCUUGAAGCCGAGCAACAUUGUUGCGGCAAAUUCUGCAAUCUCCGCAAUGGAGACCCAAAGUCUGUGGCAAGAAGCCUUGCACUUACUGUGGCAAAGUCUGUCCCCUACACUGGUGAGCUUCAACUCGGCCAUGGGUGCUUGCAGUGCGGCUGGGAAAUGGCGCUACAGUCUUCAUGUGUUCAGCACAGCGAAUAAACAAGGCUUUAAGCUCGACACCAUCAGCUACAAUUCCCUCAUCAAUGGCUGCGCAGUGGCACGACAUUGGGAGCUGGCGCUUGGCAUUUUUUGGCAGAUGGACGAGGUGACGGUGGUCCCCGACGCAGUGAGCCAUGCCAUCGUGUUGGAUGCGCUACCCGGUCUUCAAGCGGACUUGGUUGAGGAAUUUCUUAACCUCAUGCGCCGUACUCGCUGUCUGGACACAGCUGCGCUUGGUGCGGCGCUGCGGUGCUAUGGGAAGACAGGGAGGUGGGAGAUGUCAUGUCAGAUUUUGGCAGAAGUCUGCCAAUCCGGCCUCCAACACGACAAGGUCAUCCUUGGGGCAGCGGCCGAUGCCUGUGCCAGAGAAGCGAUAUGGGAGGUCUCUCUCCGGGUGUUGCCAUCCACCAGCCUGAUCACCAUGAAUUCCGUGCUCAAAGCUUGUGAGGGUACCUGGUCAGUGGCCACGCAAAUAAUGUCAUCCAUGAGCCAGGUGGUCCUGCGCCCUGACCUGCUUUCUCACAGCGCUGUGUCCAAAGCUUUGGGGACGGGUCGGCGUUGGCAAGAGCUCUUACGCCUGCAGGCCCAUACCAGUUGUCCUGAUGAGCUGUUCUACGAGGCCGUGUUGCCACAGAUGACCGGUCAGCCAGGGGCUGCACCUGCCCUGACGCAGUUGCUUUUGCAGCUGCGGAUGGGGGCUGUGGAGUAUUGGCGAGGUAGAGCUGCCUGCUGCUCACGUUGUGUAUUCGGACUGUUUUCAUGAUUCAUGAUUGCGGUCUUGACUCACAGCUUGACCAGUUGCCUGGAUAGUGUUUAGAGUUUAAGCAUUUUGAGCCAACAUUUCAGUCUAUGUAGAUUAUCCAAUCUACAACUUUUGUUGUGCCAGUGGAUGCUUACACUUGCAGCCCACCAAUUGGAAUCGAUCUGAAACAGUGGCAACAAUCAAUCAUCAUGCCCAAUGAUGUUUGUUGAAGUCAAAGGUGCAGCUACGCGACAAGAACCAAACCUCGGCCGACAGACUAGCAGUUGUGUGAUAGGUGAUUGUUUCCACAGCUGCUUCCCCUUCACUUAUGUUUUGACUCUUGAGCCGGAUGUUCCAGGCUGCAGCAAGCUUGACCUGAGUUGAUGGACAAAAGAUCCCUGCCCUGCGAGUGAAGUUCUAUGCACAAUCUGAAACACCUUGUUUCUAUGCAUUGCGAGAGGGAUCAGCGUCUUCCGCUCCAACCGCUCCAUCCGCUCCAUCCGCACCAUCCGCUCCAUCCGCUCCAUCCGCUCCAUCCACACCAUCCGCUCCAUCCGCACCAUCCGCUCCAUCCGCACCAUCCACACCAUCCGCUCCAUCCGCACCAUC